ACGAGUUCCUCACAUGCGGCAGUGGAGGUCUCAUUCAAACCGAGACGUUUCUGAAUUAGAAAAGACGGAUUUAUUUCCUAUCGAAACUGACAGUCGUCAGUAGCUUUUUUGUUUUUAACUUAAGGCAGCUUUUUGAAAGGGGGACUUAUUUCAUCAGUUGAUUUUUUUUCGUUAUCCCGCGCGCGCUAUUGUAACGCUACGAGCCGCUGGCGCCAAUUAGCUUACUGGCUAGUACGCACUAUUCUUCAAGGGACUGACAACUGCAACGUGUGGAUGUACCCCUGCUCAUCUGCAGUUACAGUUGCACAAUGGCUGUCUUUUCACUCUGUUUGUUAGCUCAGCACCCAAAGAACAGCAACAGAUCUAGUAUAAUUGCAGGAUAGCAAUACGCCCUCAUUAUACCUCUGUUUACCUAAAUUGUUUUCUGGUCAGUCCCAGAUAAACCUUUUAGAAGUUUGCACUGCUGAAUCUCAGAAAUCCUGUUAAGACAGGUUGGUCUGAAGAAGAAGCUAAUUAUUUAUUUUACCUUGUACCUCUUUAUUUUGCUAGCUGCUGUCUAGAAAUAGCAUUAUAUAAAUAAAUAUUUUGACUGGCAUUCAUUCCUCGUUAAGAUUGUGAAGAAAUUACUUAAUAGUCUACAAUCAUGGUUUCAACAACUGCAACUGCAAUAAUACUGGCCAGCACAGUAGGGUAUACUGUACAGUAUACUGCUCUGACAGAGUACAUGUGGCUGCUGAUUGUUGGCUUCAUCAUCGCCUUCAUCUUAGCCUUUUCUGUGGGUGCCAAUGAUGUUGCCAACUCCUUUGGCACAGCGGUGGGCUCUGGAGUGGUCACCUUGCGACAGGCAUGCAUUUUGGCCACAGUGUUUGAGACCCUGGGAUCAGUGUUGCUUGGGGCCAAAGUGAGUGAAACCAUCCGUAAGGGUAUCAUCGACGUGGGCAUGUACAAUGGCUCUGAGCAUGUAUUGAUGGCUGGAUCUGUCAGUGCCAUGGUUGGUUCUGCUGUGUGGCAGCUGGCCGCCUCCUUCCUUAAGCUCCCCAUCUCUGGAACACACUGCAUUGUUGGUGCUACUAUCGGCUUCUCGCUGGUUGCCAAUGGCCAGCAGGGAGUCAGGUGGUUUGAACUCCUCCGUAUCGUUGCUUCCUGGUUCCUGAGUCCUCUUUUGUCUGGAAUAAUGUCAGGCGUUGUUUUCUACUUUGUGCGCAUGUUCAUCUUACACAAGAAAGACCCUGUACCAAAUGGACUGAAAGCCCUGCCUGUCUUCUAUGCCAUGACCAUGGGAAUCAACCUGUUCUCCAUCAUGUUCACUGGAGCUCCGAUGCUGGGAUUUGACAAGAUCCCAUGGUGGGGCAUCCUGCUCAUCUCGUUGGCCUGCUCUCUACUGACUGCCAUUGUGGUCUGGUUUGUUGUCUGCCCUCGCCUCAAGAAGAAGAUUGAACGAGAUAUCAAGUCUUCCAGCCCCUCAGAGAGCCCCCUGAUGGAGAAGAGGGAGCUCAGAGAGGCCCACUGUCCAAUCCUUAAACAGACUGCCAGGGAGACAUCUACGCCUACCACCCCAGCUGUCAAUCAGAACCUCUCUGCUCAGCCCCAGGUUCCCCCUGAGGAGCGCAGGGUGGCGUUUGACAUUGGAGAUUCUGACGAUGUCGACAAUAAUAAGGAACGCAAGGUGGCAUUUGACAUUGGAGAUUCUGAUGACACUGAUUACAGCAAUGCAAAUGGGGCCCCUAAACAGGCUCAGUCCAACACUCAGGUCCAGGUCCACAACCAGCAAAUUCAGCACAGCAAUGGCUCUGCAAAUGCUCCCAAUCAGGUCCAGUUCAAUAAUCAGGUUCAGUUCAACAACAGGCCUGCACAGAUGCCAAGUAACGGUUACAGCCAGUACCACACAGUCCACAAGGACUCCGGCCUCUACAAGGACCUGCUACACAAACUCCACCUGGCCAAGGUUGGUGACUGCAUGGGUGAGGGUGGUGACCGACCUAUCCGGCGCAACAACAGCUAUACCUCCUACACUAUGGCCAUCAUCGGCAUGCACGGAGACUUCAAGCAUAAAGAAAGCGACUUCCGUGCCAGCGAGGAUGGCGACAAGGGCACAGGGUCAGGUGGUCAGGACAGGAAGCGUGUGCGCAUGGACAGUUACACCAGCUACUGCAAUGCUGUGGCAGAGCACACAACUCCUGAGGGGCUGGGGGAGGGUGAGGUGACAGUAGAAAUGGGGAAGGAGGAUGCAGGUAGCAGCCAAAGCUCUCUGGAUGACGAUGGGCUUGAGGCAGACAAGCCAGAGGUCUCAACUCUUUUCCAGUUCCUGCAAAUUCUCACUGCUUGCUUUGGAUCCUUUGCCCAUGGAGGAAACGACGUUAGUAACGCCAUUGGACCAUUGGUAGCUCUGUGGCUGGUUUACACAACCAGCAGCGUGACUUCAAAUGAACCUACACCCAUUUGGCUCCUGCUGUAUGGUGGCGUGGGCAUUUGUGCUGGACUCUGGGUGUGGGGUCGCAGAGUGAUCCAGACCAUGGGCAGGGACCUAACCCCCAUCACCCCUUCAAGUGGUUUCAGCAUUGAACUGGCCUCAGCCCUGACUGUCGUGGUAGCCUCUAACAUUGGCUUGCCUGUUUCCACCACCCACUGCAAGGUGGGCUCUGUGGUUGCAGUAGGGUGGCUGCGUUCAAGGAAGGCAGUAGACUGGCGUCUCUUCAGAAACAUCUUCAUGGCGUGGUUUGUGACUGUGCCCAUCUCUGGCCUCAUCAGUGCUGGCAUUAUGGCCCUUUUCAUCUAUGUCAUCCUGUGAGCAUUCAGCUGCACCCUGAGCAGGGGAGGAGAAAGAAACCGCUCCAGUGCGCACCAGGAGAAAAGGAGUAAAGUUGGAAGGCCGAAAUAUAUUGCUUACCUCACGCCAACAACUUUGGAAGAAAAAGGAAAAAAAAUAGAAAUGUUGAUAUAUUGUGAAAUGGGCCUGUGGUUCUUGGCUGCAUCAUUUUCAACCUAGAAUUUGCUGUUUGUUCCAUUUGGGCCUCAUUACUUCCGGUUGGAAGCUUGCAUUUCUUUAUUCUGACUUGUUUUUUCGUAUCUCAUCAUUCUGUAGCUCAUCAUGAGUUAAUCAAAAGAUCAACUGAUUUUUUUUUUGUUCUAAUACUCAUUCUUCCAUUUCUUGUUUUUUACUUUGCAAUUGUGUAUAUACAACCAUGCUGUGUUUUUAAUUUUAUUUUACACGUUAGAAACGAACAAUUAAAAUGCAGUAUUAGCCUUUUGCAGAUGUAACUCUACAGUCAUAACACAUGCUGAAAGUAAUGUAGAUGCAAAAGCAGUAUUUUUUAGGUAAAAACGAGGUUAUUGGUGUGUAUGUGUUUUGGUUGUUUUUUUUUUCCCCCAAUUCCAAGGAUUUGUUAUUAAUGAAUUCAUAUUUUUAUCUAGCUUCUUUGUAUCCCCUAAUUAGGAUGUUUGUGUUCCUCUAUUAUAGAACAAAAUUUCAGAGAAGCUACAAGUGAACAUGUUUUCUACUAUACAUCAGAAUUAUGCAGUCACGUUCACAGCACUGCAGUUUGUCUUUAUGACACACAAUUAUCUGAAAUGACGUAUUGCUGUAGAAGCACUAAUUGUAAACACUGGACGACCACCCGCAGAAUGGUAUGAGAAAUGCAGUGUCAUUAGCAUAAAAAGUUCGCACACUUCUGGCAGGAAAUGGCAAAGCCCUAAUCUGAAUUGAUUAUCUGCUGUCCAGCUCUUUGAUUAGAAUCUCCCGAGGCUCUGCAUUCUUGAUCAGUCCAGAAAUAACUGCGUAAAAUAUGUUGGUUACUUGAAUUUAUGAAAUGUAAUAGCAGAAUGUCAACUAAUGCAAAAACAUGCUCUCAUAAAAGCCCUUAAGUCUCCUGUUAAAACUUGAUAGCAUCAUCCUUGAUGGUUAAAUGCUUUAGGCCUGCUUCAGCCUUGCUAUUACUCUGUCAACUUGUAUUGGCUUAUUCCCAGUUUGUUUUUUUCUGUGGAAUUUGCACCUGCCCCAGACAAUUAUGUGUUGCUCUAACUUUGCUGUUUCUCCCUUGGCUUGAAAAACUGAAUUAGAGGUUUAAAGUGAGGAGGAACAGGAACCUAAAAACUGGAAGUUACUGAACUGGGUUUUUUGGUGUUGAGCUGAUAUGUUUGAAUGAGGGCAGAUAUAUGAUGCAUGCCACCUAUAUGUGUGGUCAUUUGGCUGCAGUACUAAAUGCAUUUCAGACCUAGACUAGAUGCUGUAGUUGCCUUAAUUGUUUUGUUUUCACUUAGGUACCAAAGAAGAGGUGUUUUUUGAUUUUUUUUUUUUUUUUUUAAAUGCACAUCAACAUACUUUGGUCCACAGUUGUGGAUAAAUCAACAAAUAAUAAAAAAUGGAAAAAUAUUAUA